AUUCAAAAUGGCGGCGUUGUGACUGUCGACUGUCGGAAGUAAUCCUGAACAAACCUAGUGGGACUAUACAUGUGUAGAGUACUGAUUGAACGCGAUGUAAAAUGAGUGUCUUUCAGAGCAUCAAAGGGACGUUUGCAGCAGGGUUGAAGUCAAUCACAUCUCGUGACGGUGUUAAGGAGGAGAAGCUGGUGAGAACCGGAGUAAGCUUGGAUGCUGGAGCGGACCUACUGGACAGGUACCAGAACACAUGGAGGAAACUUCACCAGGAUGCAGAGCAGAAUGCUACACAAGCUCAGAAUGUGGAUAGCCAGAUUACACAGUUGUUUGUGACCUAUGACAGACAGUCAGAGAUACUGGGCCAGUUACACUUGGCUGUGGCUGAUCUCCCGGUUAUACUGCACAAACUACAGGAGCUCACGGAUGUACUAGCGUCUUUAGACGAGGAAUAUGACAAUGUAGAGGUAGCCUUGGUUCGUCUGGAGGACAUCUGUGAGGAACAGGAGCUCGCUCAGGCCAAGGUGUAUGACGGUCAGAAACUCGCCAGCUACACCCACAGAAAGAGUGAAGAACUCCAGAAAAUUAAAGUUGAGUUUGCCAAAGAUCAUGCCAAAAAGAUGGAGGGAUAUGAAAAACAUCGCCAGACAAAAUUGAAGGAAAGACAGGAAGUGUUUGAGCAGCAAUUUAACAACGACCUUGACUACUUCAAGUCACAUGGUCGUUUAGAAAGACUGUCCACGAGUAGUAAUGACAGCAGUAAGAAGACAGACCUGGCAGACAUCAGCUGGGAGAUGGAGAACACUAGCUUAGACGAAUUCCUGGAGACGGACACAGUAUCGGGGGAAAGUCACCCACAAACUCCAGGCAAUGAUGAUGCUGAAUUUGAAGAUGAGGUGGAAGAGAUUUCUGAAGAGGAAGAAGAGGAAGAAGACAGUGAGGAGGAGGAAAGAAUAGAUGUGACAUUGCCUCGCAAGGAAAAUAAGCUUAGUGAAUCUGUGGACAAAACAGGAGGAGGGGAGACAACUCUGUCUGGCGAUAAUGUGGAGAGAGACACAGACGCUACGUCAGAACAGACUACUAAAAGUAGUUCAGAGGUUAAUGGGUCAGACGAGACUCGCUCGCCUGCCAAAUCAGCUGAUACAGAUACAAACGGGGUCUAGUACAGAAUACAGAUAAAGUUCAUGUACAACUUAAAGGACUAACAAAACAAUGUUCUUACCUACCAGUACCCUGAAGAUUUCAUGGCCGAUCCCAGUUCUUCAUCUACAGUGCAAGAAUAUUAUAUAAAUACUACUUUCCUUGUUUCUAUAUGUUGCCAUUGUCCAAGCCUCUUAAUCAUAACUAUGAACAACCAAUUAUGAAAACAUGUAUCAAGAACUGUCCUUUCUAAACGUGUCUGAUUCUUCAUACUGUUAAUCACAUGAAAUUUAAUCUGGGAGGGAAAUACUAGAAUGCUGAUUCGAUUGAUGUUUAUUGCCUAACGAAAAUGGUUACAAUAGAAAACAGGAUCUUGUUCUUGCAGAAAUGGCUGUUUCACCAUUUGGUUUCAAUUUAUUUAAAGUGUGCAAUGUACCAAAAUAAACCUCAUAAACUGGACCUAAAGUAAGGUCCCACUGUAUAUGUUUUCAUGAGAAUUGGUCCCGGUUGAUCUGGGAUUUAAAUCCAUAUUGAUAAGAAAGGGUGUAACUGUGUGAUGUAUAGUGUUUUAAUGUUGAGGGGCCAGACUUUCAUGGGUUUUUUUCUAGGAUUUAAAAUCCGUACCACAGAACCAUUAUUUUUUAUUUAUUAAUUUUCAUGUGAACAAUUUCAUUAAGACAAGCGACUAAACCUUACAUUUCAUAACAAUUCAUUACAUUACAAUACAAUAUAGGAUUAUAUACAUGCUUCAAUUCAACAUGAACACUGCUAAACUUGGGAACAUCAGAAAAUGCACUCUGCACCGAUAAACAUUUUUUAAAGAUAUAUAUUUAUUAACAUACCCUCACAUACGGUCAUACCUCCACCUCCAUCGGUGGUUUAAUCAAAUCUAAACAAUAGUUUCAGGAAAAAAUAUGCAAGAAAGAACCAUAAAUUGAUAAUUAAUUCUCUAUCACCAUGGCAACAGAUUGAUACAAUUAAUUCUCUAUCACCAUGGCAACAGAUUGAUACAAUUAAUUCUCUAUCACCAUGGCAACAGAUUGGCAGGGUUUCACAUUCCCUGCCCACUUUGUUUUGUAGGUAUGAAAUACAAUAGAUUGAAGUGCUGUACUUUGAAAUAUGAGAUUACAGGAGAUUGUUGGUAGGUGUGUAAUUUAAUAGGAAAGGUAAUGGACGCAGGCAUUUGAUGCCUCUAUAUCCAUAUCUUAUAAUAAUACAACGUACAUAUAAUAUUAUGUCUCUUCCAGAUGUCUGUUUGUAACUAUAGCCAAAUGAUUAUAUUUAAGCUCUUGGUUUUACCAAUGUUUGUCUAAAUUGAUUUCAAAGUCUCUAAUAAUUGUUGAAUUUAUGACAUAUUCGGGAAGACUGUUCCAAAUAUUGAUAGUUCUGAAACCAAAUGAAUGAAUAUUUCUUACAUCUAGUCUACAGUGUUUUUUCUUCAAUUUCUGUGAGUGCCUUCUCUUUCUUGAUGACGUUUCACAGAUAAAAAUUCCAGAUGUUACUUUUUCAUCGUAGAACUUGUUCAUAAUCUUGUACCCAUUGAUUGUAUCUCCUCUCAGUCUAGGGUAUGUGAGGAAUGGAAAUCCUAAUCUUUCAGACAACCACUGUUUGGUAGGUCCUUUAGCCCAGGUAUCAGUUUCUGUAUCUCCUCUCAGUCUACGGUAUGUGAGGGGAGGGAAUCCCAAUCUAUCAGACAACCACCGUAUGGUAGGUCCUUCAGCCCAGGUAUCAGUUUCUGUAUCUCCUCUCAGUCUACAGUAUGUGAGGGAAGGAAUACUAAUCUUUCAGACAACCACUGUAUAGUAGGUCCUUCAGCCCAGGUAUCGGUUUCUGUAUCUCCUCUCAGUCUACGGUAUGUGAGGGAAUGGAAAUCCUAAUCUUUCAGACAACCACUGUAUGGUAGGUCCUUCAGCCCAGGUAUCAGUUUCUGUAUCUCCUCUCAGUCUACGGUAUGUGAGGGAAUGGAAAUCCUAAUCUUUCAGACAACCACUGUAUGGUAGGUCCUUCAGCCCAGGUAUCAGUUUCUGUAUCUCCUCUCAGUCUACGGUAUGUGAGGGAAUGGAAAUCCUAAUCUUUCAGACAACCACUGUAUGGUAGGUCCUUCAGCCCAGGUAUCAGUUUCUGUAUCUCCUCUCAGUCUACGGUAUGUGAGGGAAUGGAAAUCCUAAUCUUUCAGACAACCACUGUAUGGUAGGUCCUUCAGCCCAGGUAUCAGUUUCGUUGCUCGACUUUCACGAUUGAUUCUAUGUCUUGUUUUGUGUGGAUUCCACACACUUGUAAUGAUAUAGUAUUUAACCUGUGUCCGGUAGCCAUACAAGUGGACCAGGCUACAUCAGAUUGUUAUUAUGAAUACAUUGAAAUAUUCUGCCACGGGACCAUAGCUAUGAUUAAAGGAUACACGUAUGCA